AUGACCUGGACAUGCCCAAAGAAAAACCUGGAGGUAUCCAAGGAACCCUUGGAGGUAUCCAAGGAACCCCUGGAGGUGCCCAAGGAACCCCUGGAGGUGCCCAGGGAUGACUUGGAGGUGUCCAGGGAAUGCCUGGAGAUGCCCAAGGAACCACUGGAGAUGCCCAAAGAACCCCCUGAGGUAUCCAGGGAUGACCUGGAGGUGCCCAAGGGACACCUGGAGGUGUCCAGGGAAUGCCUGGAGAUGCCCAAGGAUGACCUGGAGAUGUCCAAGGAAUCCCUGGAGGCAUCCACGGAUGGCCUGGAGGUGCCCAGGGAACCUUUCAAGGUGCCCAAGGAAUCCCCGGAGGUGCCCAAGGAACCCCUUGAGACAUCCAGGGAUGACCUGGAGGUGCCCAGGGAGCCCCUGGAGGUGCCCAGGAAACCCCUCAAGGUGCCCAAGGAAUGCCAGGAGAAGUGGAAGAAGUUCUGGGCCGUGCUGUACCGGGAGAGCUCCUGCUCCACGGCGCGCCUGGAGCUGCUGGAGGGCCCCGAGCGGCCGCGCAGGGCCGAGGGCGGCCGGCGCCUGGUCCGGCUCAGCGACUGCGUGCACGUGGCCGAGGCGGGCGGUGACACCUCCUGUCCCAAGGACACCGUCCCCUUCCUGCUGGAGACCACGGAGCGCCGCUUCCUGCUGGCCGCCGACGGCGCCGAGGCGGCCGAAUGGAUCCAGCGGCUGUGCGAGCUGGCGUUCCCGAGGAGCCGGGAGGAUCCAGGAGCAGCCAAGGAGGGCACGGAGGGCGAGUUCUCCAUGGAGGAGAAUUCCCUGUACAGCUCGCGGGGCAAAGGCCUGGAGCAGGCGUUUGAGGUGACAGUGAGGGUGACGCCGUCAUCGCAGCGUUGCCGGCUCCGGGGCCGCUGCAUCCUGCGGGCGGGCGAGGAGGCGCUGGAGCUGCGGCACCCGCAGAGCCAGGAGCUGCUGGCCAGCUGGCCCUACCGCUUCCUGCGCCGCUUUGGCCGCGACAAGGUCACCUUCUCCUUCGAGGCCGGCCGGCGCUGCGCGUCCGGAGAGGGCAACUUCGAGUUCGACACCAGGCAGGGCAACGAGAUCUUCCAGGCCAUCGAGGCGGCCAUCGAGGUCCAGCGGGGCCGGGGGACCCCCGUGGCCGAAGCCCCGCGGCCGCUCGACCACGCCAGGACACCCAGCUGGGCGCAGGGCCACGAGGAGCCCAAGUGUCCCUCCGGGGAGGCAAAGGCGCCCAAAGGGGAGGGGAAAGGGGUCAAGGGCAGGCCGGUGGUGCCCCCCGGGGCUGGGGAGGCCUCGGGGCCGUUCCAGCUGUCGCGGGGUUGGGACUGUCCCUACGCCGAGCCCCACGAUUCGCUGCGCCGCGGGAACGCGGCCGCGCCGCCGGACAAGGGCCGGAGGCCGGAGGGUGCCAGGGUGGAGUCCGAGUACGCCGUCCCCUUCGACACCAUCGCCAAGGCCUUCCUGGCGCGCCAGUUCGGUGGCCUGGGCUGUCCCCAGGAGGGGCUCCCUGAGCCCCCGAGCGUCCCCAGGGAUGCAGGGGGGGGUCAGCAGCCCCCCGGCCGCCCCACGGCCCCCAAACCCGAGCACAUCUACGACGAGCCCGAGGGUCUCUCGGGCCUCUCGCUGUACGAUGAGCCCAAGGAGGUGAAGGGGGAGGCCUGGAGGCUGCAGGCGGCCCCCGAGGAGCCCCCCGGGCUCGGGUGUCCCUACAACCCCCAGCGCGAUGACUACGCCGUCCCCAAGAGGCCCUUCCUGCUGCAGGGCAAGGAGUGGCUCGGCGACUGCGACUAUGACAACGUGGCCCUCAGGGUGGCCAAGAAGAGGCACCUGCAGUGAGCGGCAGCGGGGGAGAGGAGGAGGAGGGGGACUCCCCAAAUCCCCCAGCCGGACUUUACCCCACCCCGGCAGAGCUGAGACCCCCCAGCUCAGAGCGCCUGGGGCUGGGGAGGUGGCAGGGGACAUCCGGGAGGUGGCAGGGGACAGCCGGGGGUGGCAGGGGACACCUGGGAGGUGGCAGGGGACAGCUGGAAGCGCUGGAUGUGCCCACUGGAGGGCAGUGCGAGCCCACCGGAGCAGCGGCGCCCGGGCAGCCGGACCCCCGCGGCCGCAGCCCCGGGACCCCAAACCCGCUCGAGCAGCGGCUCUGCCCCACUCAUCCCCUCGGGAUGCACUUCCAGGGACGGCUGGAGCGGGAAUGGCCUGGGGAGCUCAGCUGGGUGCACUUCCCCAUGGAUGGACAUCCUGAAUCCCACAGGAUGGACAUUCCAAAUCUUCCCGGGAUGGACAUCCCGAAUCCCCUGGGAUGGACAUCCCGAAUCCUACAGGGAUCAACAUCCCAAAUCCCCAAGGAUGGACAUUCCAAAUCUUCCCGGGAUGGACAUCCCGAAUCCCCUGGGAUGCAGAUCCCACCCCAUGGGAUGCACAGUGCUCAUUCCCAGGGAUGUAGAUCCCACCCCUGAGCCCUCCCAUGCACCCACACAGCUCCCAGUGCUCCCAGUAUGUUCCAGUGCCGUGGCAGCGCUGGGUCCUUCCCGGCCCAGAGGUUCCUCCCCCCUUGCUCAGCAAACCCAGAAAUUCCAUCCGUUUCAGCCUCACUUUUUUUUAAAUUCUCUUUAUAAACGCCCCUUCCAGCCCCUCUGAAUUCCAGAUGGGAAACUGGGCUUUAUUUUCAUGGACAUUUUCACAGCUGGCUCCAGUCCUCCCAGUACAAACCAGAACACA